AGUAUCUAACCUUGAACAUGCACAGAACUUCAACCAGAAAAUAAAUUUAUGCAAUUUUCUAUCUCUUGCGUAACAAAGGCUAAAAAGUCAGGUUAAGAUAAACCUCAUCUGACUUAGAAUAUCAAACGUUUCUGACCACACGACUCGAACAUGCUGGAUUUAAUGUUAAUAUUAGUUUUGAUCGUACUUUCUCUAUUUUAUGGCGUUCAAAGGCUUGUGAACUACACGACCAAAAACUUGCCUCCGGGACCAAAAGAAUGGCCUGUUGUAGGAAUUCUCUUUGAAUUUGACAUUCUGACUCUUCAUCUAAAACUUUACGACUGGACGACCAAAUAUGGAGAUAUAUUUCAGUUUGAUUUGCUUGGAAAGACGUUUGUUAGUUUAAACUCAUCUGAAGUUCUUAGAGAAGCGUUUAACCAAGAGCCAAAUGCCACUGUGACAGCAAAUCGACCGCCAUUAUUUUUAGGCAAGUACGUUUUGGAAAAUGCUGACGUUGUUUUCGCCCAAGAUAAUGCAGUUACAAGACGUAGAAAGCUGGGCUACCAGCUACUUCGGGCAUAUGGAGAAGGCCUGUCUUGCAGAGAAUCACAAAUCAAGGAGAACAUCAUCUCCGUAAAGGAACUUAUACGAUCCAACGAAUACAAGAACAUCGAUCCAAGUGAUAUCGUUGAGGAAUUUCUGCUAAGUACGGUUGAAGUUCUGAUCAUUGGGCGAAGUUUUGGUAGAAAUGGAAAGUUACAGAAAAUCUUGCAUAGACUUGACGAUUUGAUCCAACUGGUGGCAAACCCGGGGUACGAUGCUGUGUAUGGGGCCCUGCCGUUUCUACGUCACAUUUCUCUCCCAAUAUCCAGGAAUAUUACCGAAAUUCACAAAACAAAACAACAAAUGAUAGAGCAUCUGGAGGAUCUAUCGAAAGAAGACAAAGAUAAUAAGGGUAUUUACCACACGCUGAAGGACGUGGUGGAGGUAAGGGAUGACGAUGGCAAACAAUGGUUCACCCAGGAAAACACUAGAAACUUGCUUGUGAAUUUUGUGGCUGCAGGCCUUUUAUCAACACGAGGAACAAUCAUGUCCAUGAUCCAACUUCUUGCAAAAAAACCUGAACUGCAGAUAUCAUUGCAAAGAGAGGUGGACAAUGUGAUUGGUUCCGACAGAGAGCCCAGUCUGGCCGACAGGAGGAGCUGUCAUCUGACGGAAGCGUUCAUCAUCGAGUCCAUGCGCUACAUCUCACUCGUUCCUCUGGCCGUUUUUCAUGCUGCGUCAGAGGAUGUAACAAUAAGUGGAUACACCAUUAAAAAGAACACAAUCAUCAUACCAAACAUUUGGACAAUUCAUCACAGCGAAAAAGAGUUCGAUGAUCCAUUUCUCUUUAAACCAGAGCGGUUUCUUGAUGAUAAAGGACAAUUGUUGCCGUCAAAUGACCCUGUCCGAAAAAGAGUGCUUGCUUUUGGAAUAGGAAAAAGAAGUUGUAUUGGAGAAGUAUUCGCAAGAUCUCGCAUGUUCCUUUUUAUAGCUACCCUGAUGCAGUUGGCAACAGUGAUUGAGCCAGAUGGAAAGUCCUUGCCAGACCUGGUGCCGACAGAAAUGCUUCAAAAAACAUUUCUACAGCCACAGCCGUUUGAAGUUCGCUUUAAGUUACGAUCAAAAUAGUAUCAGAAAAACAUAUCUAGAGGCCAGCGUUUAUAUCAAUAGCAUAAGAAAAACAAAAGACGUAGUACAUGUAUAUUAUCAUGAUCUUUCUUACAUAUGUAUUCUUAAGACAUCCAUAUCUAACAAUCGUACUGUUUCAAUUGAAAAAAAAUCGUUGGAAAAUCCAAACGGUAAACAUGUAACCUCAACAUUUUGUUUUAAAAGUUUAUAGUUAAAACUUUAUCAUGUAAAAAUUUAAUCAAAUAUAAAUUGAUUAUGACUUAUCCAAAAUAUAUUAUAUCACUAACUUACAUGUAUAAUUAUCAAAUCAAAGCACGGUGAAAGAAAGUGUGCGCUGAAGAUGUAGAUUCGGCAGGAAUAUGGGUCCACAAGAAGAGUGGAAAUUUCAUUAAUUAAUUUUACACAUUUUUCAAAUUAUAACCGUUAUUUGGUUUCUGUUGGACGUGGAAUAGGUGGCAAAAUGUUUGUAAUGCAAAAGGUCUUAUCAUAAUAUGUGUCUAAAUAACGAACAUAAUGCAAUUCAUCCGAAAUCCUACUUAUUUACAGCUGUUUUUAUUUGAUUUUAUUGUCUCUGGGUCUUCUCUUCACAAAUUUGAAACGUGUAAAGAUGACAUGUUUCAGCAUUAAAAAUGUCGCUUUUUAAAAAAAAAGAUGCAGAGAUGACCCAGAGAGGACUAUUUAUGCACUUUUGAGGAUGAAAAACAAAGUCCAUUGAAAUGACAGUGUUGUUUCAAAUACUACUUUACAUUGCAAAUUGUGAAGUUAAGCAUAGCUCAUGGUUUCGUCCGGGAUUAGUAAAUACAAACAUGCAGUGUUUUGGGUUCAAAUUCUACUGGUGAUUUCUGUUUUUAAUAUAUUCGAUCAUUGCUUGCUAUCUAUUCAAGAUAUAUUACUUAGGUCAGGUACUCUUUACACAAUUGCGCUGAAAAAUAUAGUUUAAUUCAUCAUCAGCAGAUACAACAUUAUAACAAAUGUUUAAGAUAUCAGUGUAUAUUUUAUACUUGAAAGAAAACAAAAUUGACGUAUACAUUUUUUUCAAAAAUCGCCUUUUUUAAAAAAAAAUAUAAAUGUGAAGUAUUCAUAUUCCUACGCUAUCUGCCUCGGUCUUUCUCACGAAAAUAUAGGUCAUUUUUUGAUCGGCAUUUUUUUCACUAAUGAAUAUUGCUUAUAUUAUUACAAUAAUCAUAUAACUUUCAUGAUUAUCGUUCGUUUGU